AUGCAAAAUCAAACCAUGGAAAUUGAACUGCCUGUUGUGAUUGUUGGUGCUGGUCCUGCUGGCCUAGCAACCUCAGCAUGUCUUAACAAAUUUUCAAUUCCAAACAUCAUCUUAGAAAAAGAUGAUUGUCAUGCAUCUCUUUGGAGAAAAAGAGCUUAUGAUCGUUUAAAACUUCACUUGGCUAAAGAAUUUUGUAACCUACCUCACAUGCCUUUCUCAUCUGAUUUACCAAAAUUUGUUCCUAGGGUUGAUUUUCUCCGUUAUUUGGACGAGUAUGUGAUUAAUUUUAAUAUCGCUAUCCGGUACAAUCGUUAUGUCAACAAUGCAUCUUUUGAUGUUAAUUGUGGGAAAUGGAGGGUCACCGUGACCGAUAAUACAUCAAAUGCUGACGAGACUUAUCUUGCUGAUCAUCUUGUGGUUGCAACUGGAGAAAACUGCGAUGCUUAUAUUCCCAUGAUAAAUGGGCUUGAAAACUUUGAAGGUGAAUACCUUCAUUGUAACAAAUACUUGAAUGGAAGACCAUGGUAUGAUAAGAAUGUGUUGGUUGUUGGAAGUGGAAAUUCUGGCAUGGAGAUUGCUUAUGAUCUCUUCACUUGGGGUGCAAAUACCUCGAUGGUUAUAAGAAGUCCUGUACAUUAUUUUACAAAAGAAAUGGUGUAUGUGGGAAUGUCUUUGGUGAAAUACAUAAGUAUUGAUAAGGUGGACAAGCUGCUGCUGAUUAUGAGCAAACUGAUGUAUGGAGAUUUGUCCAAGUAUGGCUUGGUAAGACCAAAGGAAGGACCCUUUGCCCGGAAAUUCAGUGGUGCAGGUCGUUCACCUACCAUUGAUGUUGGUUGCAUCAAAUGGAUCAAGAAAGGCAAAGUAAAGGUAUACCCCGGUAUUGCAAGCAUAAAAAAGGGCAAGAUAGUUGAGUUUGAGGAUGGAAGAAGUGGUGAAUUUGAUGUCAUAAUCUUUGCUACUGGAUACAGAACCAAUGUGCAAAAGUGGCUUAAGGAUUACAAAGAGCUGUUCAAUGAGGAUGGAUUCCCAAAACAAUGUUUUCCAAAUCACUGGAAAGGAAGAAAUAAAAUUUAUUGUGCUGGAUUCUCAAAAAAUGGAUUACAAGGCAUUGCUUAUGAUGCUCAGAAAAUAGCAGCUGAUAUCAACUUUGCUAUUAACGGAAGGAAGCCGCGUGCAGCUGCCGAGGCUACCGAUGCUCAAAUCAAGUUAUUAGAUGAAUGA